AUGUCCCAAAGCCAUACGAAUCCUGUAGAGGCAAACAAACAAAUAACCGCCAAUAAUCCCGUACCAAAAUCGAAAUGUCUUAGGAUAUCCGGUGUUCCAGAUGCCUGGAGUGAAGAUACUCUCCGUCAGUGCUUGGAGGCGCUUGAUCCUCACCUCUGCGACAAUGAGUUCAAAAUCUCGCUUUAUCCAGCUUGUCACGGAUCCGGUCAAGUUGGCAUGUUGAAUUUAUCCCAAUGUACAGAAUAUUUCCAACAAGUCGUACCUUACAAGCCGUUCGUGGCCCGUGCGCAAG